AAUAAGCGUGAUAUCAAACAUGAGAGCAAACAUGGUUCCUUGUUUGUCUUGGUUAUUGUAAGGGCUUCCAAGAAAAUUUAUCUUUUCUAAAAGUUUUUUAUAUUUUUUCAUUACAAGAAAGCAAACAUGAAAGACAAUACAAGCCGGUCUAGUUCUUGUUCUUCAUUGAAACUAUGUUUAUUGUCCAUUCUCUUUCUCACUGAGACAGUCGUCGCCAUCAAGCUGCCGCCAAACUUGAAGAUUCCAGCGCUAAUAGCUUUCGGAGACUCCAUUGUUGACACUGGAAAUAACAACAAUGUCAAAACCGUUGUUAAGUGCGAUUUUCAACCUUACGGUAUCAAUUUCCAAGGCGGAGUUCCGACCGGGAGAUUCUGCGACGGACGAGUUCCUGCCGAUUUGCUAGCUGAGGAAGUGGGGAUAAAAUCAGUUGUACCCGCAUAUCUCGAUCCAAAUCUAACGCCUAAAGAUCUUUUAACCGGUGUAUCAUUUGCGUCGGGAGGUUCUGGUUAUGAUCCUAUAACACCCAAACUCGUGGCAGCAAUAUCAUUACAAAAGCAGUUGGAAUAUUUUGAGGAGUACAUAGAAAAAGUGAAGAAUUUAGUUGGGGAAGAAAGAAAAAACUUCAUAUUAGCCAACAGCUUGUUCUUAUUGGUCGCAGGAAGCGACGACAUCGCCAAUACUUACUAUGAUCUUCAUGCAAGACCUCACUAUGACGUCGAUUCGUACACUACUCUUAUGGCCAACUCUGCCUCCGAUUUUGUGAAUAAACUAUACGGAUAUGGAGUAAGAAGAAUAGCUGUGUUUGGUGCACCACCACUUGGUUGUAUCCCAUCACAGAGAACCUUAGGAGGAGGUCUUUUGAGAGAGUGUGCUGAGUAUUACAAUGACGCAGCAAAGCUUUUUAAUUCAAAGAUCUCCACAAAAUUGGAUUACCUGCUUAAAACUCUACCGGAUAGUAAACCGGUCUACAUUAAUAUCUAUGACCCUCUUUAUGAUAUCAUCCAGAAUCCUACAAAAUACGGAUUUGGAGUAUCUAACAAAGGAUGCUGUGGAACAGGAGCCAUAGAAGUUGCUGUCCUCUGCAAUAAGAUCACAUCUUCAGUAUGUCCUGACGUGUUUAGCCAUGUAUUUUGGGACAGUUAUCAUCCCACAGAAAAAACGUACAAAGUUUUAGUCUCAUUGUUGAUUGACAAAUUUGUUAAUCAGUUUAUCUGAAAGACUAUUGUCACUUCGUAAUGAUUGAUUAUAUUUCAUCAUGUUCUGUUUGUAUUAUUUGAAAAUUGUAUUCCCUCUAAAUAAAGUAACAUUUUCUUAUU